UAUUCAACAUUCCAACAAAAUGGCGGUGGUGGGAGUUUCGUGAGCCUACUUUAUGAAAUCAAUUGUGCAAUAUUCAGGCAAAAUGUUCGCAAAACACUGAGAUAAUGUAGACUUAUUGUAGAAAAAACUACUUAAAAUGUAUCAAAAGUAGUGUCGUUAGUGUUUUAUUUUGAAAUUUACAAGAUCAAUUGUAUUACAAGAAAUCUGUGAGUACUUUUUGUGUAUGUAUUGUGUGUAAAGUGUGACUUUUUCUUUGCUGUUUGUAAUAGAAUUACUGUUAUACUGUGCGAAAUUGGUGUACAGUUAAAAAAAAAACUUCGGUACAAUUUUGAAGAAGCAUCAAGUUGCCACCUGUCUGUAACCAUGGAGAAACAAAUGUCCGAAGAACUUCUGGUACCCCUUUCUUCAGGGGUUCUAAUCCUAACAUCAUUAUAACAAACUGAACAUUGAAAGCGCAAGCGCUUGCAAUCGAUUUAGCGUCACAACUGCCCAGGCCAGACAUCUUCAGUGCUACUGGAACUUUGUAGAAUUUGUGAAUGUUACACUGUCUUUUCUAAUACAACAGACGAAUGUGGCCACAGUGGCGGCGAUCCAGAUAGUGACGAAGACGUCAUCACAAACUACCACAUUUCAAGCCUGGAUAUGCUUCCUCGGCCAGGCCCUUUACCCACAAUCAGUGUUACACCUCAUUCGCCUGCCAGUAAAAUCUAUCCAGUUCUCGAAGACAGCCUUCAGCAAGUUCGCGAAUUGCAUGAGAGUGUCCAGCACAUGCGAAAUGUCACUAUACCGGAUACGUAUAUACCGAAUUCGAAAGACCUUGCUAUUGCACUUAAUCCCAUCCUGUCCCAAAUGGCACGGCUUAGCUCAAGCUGUCCCACACUUAACGAAGCAAACCAAGACAUGGAUUUGCUGGGCGGUUCCCUGGGAUCGUCACCAGUGCACCAGAACCGCAAAGGCAGCACUCAGGACUGGCUCUGCCAGCCUGAAACCCAGCGAAGGCGCUCCUGGUCAGCGCUGGAAGACCUGACAAUCAAGGACAAAGCCAAACACACGCGCCAGCGAAGCAUCUCGCUGAGUAGUAUGGAGUCGGAAGCGGACGAGUCCUCAUUUAUCGAUAAUGUAGAUGGUAGCACUACUAAGUUACUAGGUCCUGAUGCCCCUGCGGUUUUAAGGCACCGGAACGCGAGGGGCUCAGGGGGCGCCACUAGCACGCAUUCGUUGAACGAGGCUGAUUUACAAAAUGAUUUUAAUAAAAUUAAGGCGAAAAGGGAGGCGGAACAGAGACUGCUGCCGCAGAGGUUGCCCUUACAGAAAUCUAUCUCAACACCUUCCAUUAUUGCGGUUCGGGAUCUGGCUCCGGAACCGAUUCUGGCAGGCGCUCAACCCACUCUACCCAUCUUAAUGUGUAGGGGCCGUCCCAGUGGAACCGAAAGCGAAACUGAAGAAGAGGGCAGCCGUUCUGGUCAAGCCCGUUACUCGCAUUCUACACAUUUGCCAUACGUUUCGUUCGAAGGCCAUUCGGAGAAACGGAGGAAACGGGGCAGCUUGUUUUUCAGAAAGAAAAAGGAUAAAAAUAAGAAAGUUGCGCAUCAGUGGGUAUCGGCCUGCUACGGAUCAUCGCAAAUUUGUGAUGUGUGUGCCAAACAUUUGAGCAAUAAACCGGCGCUUUACUGUGAAUGCUGUGGAACCACAGUGCACCAAAACACUUGUAAAGACAACAUAGCUGAGUGUAACAAACCCAAAAGCACAAAGAAUAGUAACAAAAUGUCCGGUUUUGGGGUUCCAAAUUCUAAAAACUCGUUUUCGAAGCGUGGCUCAGCAUCAAUGCCUGGCAAUGUAAAUAGUACUUCAAACAGGAGGAGUCAGUUCUGCUAUUCGCCCUGGCGCAGGGUUGCCACCAAACUGGGAGUGAACCAAAUUUUAUGUGAUGAUAAGGAUAGCGAUUUGCACGGACAUUACGACGGAACGAGUUUUCCGGACGAUGUUCCGCUGGUUCCUCUCGAAUUUCUCUCCGAUUCUCCCAUAACUGCAGCGGAAUUGUGCGCGGAUUUGUCUCUAGGUUUGCACGAGAACGAGCCGGACUCGUGGACGCCGCAUGUGGGGAAGGAAAUCGCCCGGAAAUUGAAGGAAAAAGAAGUGAAGAGGCAGGAACAUAUCUAUGAAUUCAUCCUCACUGAGAAGCAUCACUGUAUGACACUGCUCGUUAUGCAAAAAGUUUUUGUUGAAGGUUUGCAGAAAUAUUUUCAAUUGGGGGCUAACGUGGAAAGGAUGUUUCCCCGAUUGGCUGAUUUAACGGAGCUCCACUUGGGGCUGCUUUCGCGGCUGAGACAGCGACAAAGGGAAGGUCCGGUAGUUUCGACGAUUGCGGAUAUCUUGCUGGAGCAGUUUUCCAACACUAAUGCCUCCAAACUUAAAUCCGCCUACGGCGAGUUUUGCAGCAGACACCGCGACGCCGUCGAACUCUACAAAUAUUAUCUCCAAAACGACGCCCGUUUCGGCCAAUUCGUGCGCCACUGUCAAGCGAACCCCCUUUUGAAGAAAAAGGGCAUUCCCGAGUGCAUUUUAUUCAUAACCCAACGCCUAACCAAAUACCCGCUCCUGAUCGAACCCCUGAUCAAAACUAGCAAAGAAAACAAGAAAGAACAAGACAUCCUCCACAAAGCCCUCGCUCUGAUCAAAGAGAUCCUGGUCGAAGUGGACGCCCAAGUGGCCGAAAAGGAGAAAGAAGACCGCAAAUUGGAGAUUUACAACCGAAUUGACGCCAAAUCUUACACAGUCCACCGCGACCACAAAUUCAAAAAAUCGGACAUUUUGCAAGGAAAUCGCUCACUGAAAUUCGAGGGCGUAGCCAUGCUAAUGCAAGGCCGGGGAAAAAUGCAAAUAGUUCUAGUAAUUGUCCUUUCGGACGUGCUAUUUUUCCUGCAAGAAAACUCGCACAAAUACUCGUUUUUCACACCCGAUAACAAAGCUGGAGUGGUGUCGCUGCAGAAGCUGCUAGUGCGGGAAAAAGCCGGACAGGACUCUCGGGGGAUUUACCUGAUUUCGUCGAAUCCGGCCGAUCCGGAAAUGUUCGAGCUGAAAGUGCACAAGCCCAAGGACAAGCAGAUUUGGAUCCAUGCCAUACGGGAGGCGGUGCAGUCGUGUCCAGAGGAUGACGAAGACAGCAGUGUCCUAAGUGCCGAGGAGAGACAGAGUCUUUUGAACGCAAAACAAAUUCGGCAUUUCGUCGAUGCAGAAUCGGAUGUCGAAGGUCUUUUGCGCCAAAAAGACAUAGAACAGGCGUUACUUCUGGAGGAAAAAAUGUCUCUGCAACUCAAACUGUUGAGUGCUGCUGGAAUCGACCCACCUUCGCCUUCGUCGUACCGACAACUUGUCAGCGAAAAUGUGGACACGGGACAGAUGUGGAAGGAAGUGUUAACAGCAGUCCAGGAGGUCAACCGUUUGGUGAGCUCGCUCUACACCACUGGCACCAACCUAUCGCGCAGUGUGAGUUCGGCGGGCGAGCACCAGAGCGAGGCUUACGUCUCCCCAAUUCUACCAAAACGUGCCGAAACGUUCGGUGGCUUCGACAAUCCCAACCAACCACCGUUGAAAGUUUUAGGAAAGAAAAACCACUCUUCGGGUGGCACCCCUGUGGCAACACCCGAAGUGGAAACCGUCAAACCAGGCGAUUCGAAACUAUUCGAAAAGCUUCCGUACCGGAAUUACGUCAUUCCGACGACGAUUGGAAGCUCGAAUAACUUGAAUAUGGAAAAUUCGCAGCAGCUAACGGCGCCACCUGACGCCCCAGCCUUGCUUUCGCUCGGCAGGGAACAGCAAUAUACGGCCGUUAAGUUAUCUCAUUAUGUUUAUACUCUUCUUUGUAUUAUUUCGCAGUUGAUGACUACGAAUGAAAGUUAUCAAGCUCAAUUAAAUGCCUUAAAAGUCGGAGGGGAGGGAGCAAGACAAUACAGACACAAUCAGCAGUUAGAAGAAUUAAGAAAUUUGCAAGACAAGUUGAGUGGGGAAAAGGCGGCGUGGAUCGCCACCCGGGAUCAAGAGGCCAAGGAACUGGAGGAGAAAAAAGCCGAACUUCUUAAAUUACAAGAACAAAUUCGCGUCGAACAAGAAGACAUCAAAGAACAGCGCGAGCAAUUGUUUAGAAAAAUGGAGAAAUUAACAAACCAAGGUUUGAUAAUCUCCCCAAACGUUGGCGCUUUGUCCUUGACCGGCCAACUUGACGACUGUAAAGACAGUUCGGAGGACAGCCCCCAGUCAGACAGUUCCACUUCCAUAGCGUCGUCAGCCAGCGGUCAAAACUCACAAUCAACAAUGGAGAAGAAAAAAGACACUAAUAAAUGGAGCAAGAACUCUCUAACGAAAUCGCAGUUGCCCAUGAAUCUGAUCAGUACCACCAACCAGCAAAAGGUGCAACAGAACGUCCAAGUCAAGCAGCAAAUCCCCCUGAAACUGGCGUCCAGACUGAGCUCGAGCGGGCCUCUGGCGGGCCCCACGGGGACCCCCCAGAUCCUGCCCCUCAAGCUGAGCCAAGACGAAAAGGUCAGGCGGACGAGCACCUCGGGCUACCAGCGGCUGAGUCCCCCGUCGGGCGAAACCACCCCGACAACUUCACAUUCGCACACCAGGACCGGCUCUAGCCCGGCCAGCAUGCAGGUGUCCCCUCCGGGGCCCGCGCCCGCGCAAAAGGGCGCCCGCCAAAAUUUCCCCAAAAUCGGCGACGAAGAGGUCAUUUAUUUCUGACGGUUUUCGACGAAAAUGUUCAAUUCCGUUUCUUUGUUUGUACGAAGGUGUAAAAGAGAUAACACGAAUUUUUAUUAAUGUUGACGCAAUCUUUCGGUCGAUAAAACAGUUUUCACUAGGGGAAGACGAGUCGCUGCCGAUAUCAAGUUGGCACAAAUUGACUUGUGAUACUAGUUUGACAGUCAAGGUUGCCAAAUUAAAUUGAAAAUUAAGCAGCUUGACUACAGGAAUAGUCAAUGCAGUGUUGGCAACACAUUUUUUACUAAAAAAAAAUAACGGAGCGUUAGGCGGCGGCCGUUUCCACCCGACUUUGGGAGUACUAUUAGUUGUUUAAUGUGACACUUUUCGAUGUGUUCUUUUUUACUUUCUCGUGUCUUCCUAACAUUAUAAUCAGUAUUGACUAAUGUACUCAAAACUUGUGACAAUACAAAGUUCUAUCAUAAAAUCUACUUUAAUAAUUCAGUAGUGCAGUUUACAACAAUAGUGUUUUCAAUAAUAUGUUUAGUAAAAUAUACAAGAAGCGAACGUUCAUCACCCGAUGGACACACGUUUACUUGCUUGAACUUGCACUGCUGUCAAGCUCUUUAAAUUCGGACUUAUUUUUUACCAAAAAAAGACAAGCAAUUCAAGUAUUAUUUCGUGAGCUUGGUUGUGCGGUGCUAAUUCAAACAAGUAAACAAAGUUGUUAAUAAUUGUUAAUAGUUGUUUAUUUAUUUAUAAAUAAUUCUCUGCAAAAUUGGCACCAGUACACGACUGCUUGUACGACUGCGAUUUUGCAAAGAACGCAAAAGGCCUACUUUUUGUCUCAUAAAGUGAUCGUGUGUAAUUGGAGAAAUAUUUUUAUAAGACAUAUUUAUCUAUCUUUCAAGCAGAAACUUACGUAUGGAAGGAAACUCGGCAAUUUAAAGUAUUUUUAUUAUGUACAUAGCGUAACGUGUAAGGGUUAUAUCCACUCGAAAAAUAACACUUCUUUAUAUAAUUAUUUUUACUUGUUAUAAAGUAAGACUUGUAAACAGUAUUAAUUUUCGAAGUAGACUGUUUAAUGUUACAAUAUCCUCUAUUGAAGAUUACACCACACUGUGUUAAUAAAAAUGUAUUCGCAA